AUGCAGCAAAAUUGGAAGGAAAUAGGAGAAAACAUAUCAGAAUAUAUUGAUGAUGAUGAAUUUUUAUCUGAAAGGAAACCAUUAGAGAUAUGCAAAAUUCUUAAUUACGCAACUUUGACAGCUUGUCAAUUCUCAAAUUUGUUUGAAAACCUCGCAGAAUAUAACGGUAAAGAUGACAUGUUUAAGAUGAUUAGUCGUGCACGCACUGUUGAUUUCAAGACUCAAGAUGAAGUCGAAGAAGUUGAAGAAACUUUCACUUCAGUUCUCGGAAUUCCUUCUCUUAAUAAAGUAUUUUCAUUCUACAAGAACAUUCCUCAUGAUGAAAAAGCUGUUCAUCUAAUCAAAAAUUAUUCUAAUUCUUCUAGGAAUGGAAAUAUUAGCAUCUUCCUUAAUUAUGAAGGAAGGAUGAGAAACCUGGUAAUUGAUAAUAAGAUUAAUUCAACAGAAUUAAUUAACAUGAUUGCAGCAGAAUUUGGAAUAGAUAUAGAUAAAUUCAGAGCAAGAUGUGGUACAAAGCAAAUUAUACCUAAUCAUCCAUUAUCAGAUUACAAUAUACAAGAUCACUGUGUGAUCAAUAUAUGUCUGAGGAACCGCGGAGGAAAACCUGUCAUUUAUUUAUAUCCAAAAGAAGAGAUUGAUGUGAAAGUAAAUAUUAAAGUCAAUGAUGGUGUUUUCUCUUUUGUUUAUCCAUCAUUCGACGAAGGAAGUACAUGGAACGUCAAAGCUUCACCAACAGGCGAAAUCAAUCACAGAGGAAAGAAAUUGAGAUAUCUCUUCUGGGAAACACUCUUUUACCCUAAUCUUCAGAUGGACAAGGGAUUUGUGAUCAAAGGAAAAGAUAGUGUUGAGUUCUUCGAAGAGAAAUUAAAGUUUAUGAAUCUCAACGAUUCUGAGAUAUGUGACUUCGUCACUUAUUGGUGUCCAAAACUCGCUGCUUACAACUACCUGAAAAUAUACUUCCAGUUAGAAAACUUUGAUGAGAUGUGUCCAUUAUGUGUCGAUCCUAAACCCGAUAAUAUAAAUAGAGUUUUCUUCGCUGCUCUACCUCUACAAACUCCUUGUGAUGUUGAACCACAAGAUCUUCCAAGAUUCAAACGUGAUGGCUUUACAGUCAUUGAAUGGGGCGGAACAAUUGUUUCGCAAUUAAACUUCUAA